UCACCGUGGGACAGGGAGGAGCCCGAACCCGAUGGCGAGGUGACGCUGCCGCCGCCGGCGCCGCCGACCACGCCCUCGCCCUCGCCCCCGCCCGCGGAGACGCCCGCGCCCGGCCCCGCCCCCGGCCCCGACGCCCCGCGCUGCCGCGCCGACGACCAAGUGCGCUGCCCCGACGGCUCGGCCUACAUCUGCUCCUCGCAGAUGUGCGACGGCCGUGACGACUGCCAGGACCGCUGGGACGAGCGCGACUGCGGCAACAUAGUGUGUAAACCUGGGGAGUGGCAGUGCAAUGACGGAACCUGCAUUGACGGAAACCUGCGCUGUGAUUUCACCAGGAAUUGUCCUUAUGAUGCAUCAGAUGAAGAUGGCUGCCAUGCAGUUCAUUACAUGCCCAGAAAUUGCACAGAAGUUGAGUUUCGAUGCGAGACUGGAAAAUGCAUUCCACGUGAAAAGUUCUGCAAUCACAAAUAUGAUUGUGGUCCUCGUGAUUUCUCUGAUGAAAAGAACUGUCGAGGAGACUGCCGGCCUGAUCAGUUCAGAUGUGGAGAUGGAUCUUGCAUCAAUGGAGCUGCCAGAUGUAAUGGUCAGCAGGAUUGUGGGGAUGGAUCAGACGAAUACAAUUGCAAUACAAGUUGCCGCUUUGAUGAGUAUCGCUGUAGAGAUGGAAGCUGCCUCCCCAUACAUCAGCGCUGCGAUGGUGAUGAACAGUGUUCAGAUGGCGAUGAUGAAUUGGGCUGUGGAAUAUGUAACAGAGACCAAUACCAAUGCAGAGAUGGGACUUGCAUUAGCUUUACGAAGAGAUGUGACCGCAGUCCAGAUUGUUCAGAUGGCAGUGACGAACUUGAUUGUGGUAGCCCAGAUGAGGCACCAUGCCCCUCCACUGACUUCUCAUGCUACGAUCUUUCCUGCAUUCCAUUGUCGAGAAUGUGUGAUGGCAGAAGUGAUUGUCCUUCUGGGGAGGAUGAGCAGAAUUGUGGCAGCUUCCCCAACCACCAUGUCUUUACUCCAUGGCUUGUUUUUUUGAUACCUACCUAUAUUUUACGUAUAUUGCUUUGGUCUUUCUGAUUAUCACUUUUUUUUCUUUUGCCUGCACACCCUAUCACUCUUUUAUUCUCUUGCAUGUCUGGUAGUUGUGUUUGGUUAAUCUGGUUGAUGUCCCUGCACCAAAUGCCACAAUUAUCCCCUAUUGUCAAGUAGCAUAUGUGCAAGGACUACUUCCAAUAUAGCACAGAUGCAUUGCCACAGGCACGAGCUAAUUAGUUGUGCCACCCAGUUAACCUAUGAUAAGAUUAUUUUUUUAAAACUGAAUGUUGAUCACUGUAGACUUGAAGUUGUGCAAGGAGAAUGAAUGUUGAUAGUUGAUAUAUUAUAAUGGGAGAGGGGGGAGGGGAAGGGGGGGUCUUGAAGAAUUAACUUGAAGAUGGGAGGGUCUCAUUAAUAAUUCUUAUUUGUUUUGUGUGUUCUCGCAACUCAUGUGAUAAAAAUGAAUAUGUUAAACCAAGAAGUCGCACUUUUAUAUUGUGAAUCUGAGCAGUUGGUAACAUUCAUUGUUUUCAUUGCCUUGUUGUGUAUAAAAUGUGGAGAACCAAAUGUAUUUUUGUGCAUGGUCUGCAGCAGAGUCAGAGUUAAUCACACUUCAAUUUCCUACUGAGUAGAAUGUGAGUCAUUAUAUGAUAGGCUCUUUUCAGGAAACAUUAAUUAAUCUACUGUAAUUCCUGCACUCAGUUUUUAAUAUAGUGCAAGAGUUGUGGGAAAAAUUUGAUUAAUUUCGGUUAUAAAGUAAAUGUAUAUUAUAUCUAAUUUUUUACAGUGGACACAUUUUAAAUAAUGUGUUUAAAGAAUAAAAAGUUAGUGAGGAGUGAGGUGAUAGAAAAGUGAAUAAUGAGUUCAAAAAGUUAAAAAUAAGAUAUAAGGAGACAUUAAUUAUCCAAAAACUUUGUGUCAUUGUUGUUUUUAUAGAAAUUGCAAGAUCUUAAUUGAUUUCAAACAUUUUUAAUAUCAUUUACUUUAUCAUUAUGUUGGAUGCUUUUAAAAUUAGAGAAAUCAAAGUAAUGUAAAGUAAUGUAAAGAAUUUUCUACUAAAAUGAAGAGAGCUAUGACUCACAUUUAUAUGAGAAUGACAGUAUUAUUCCCUUGCAUGCCUGUUGUAGUCUGUCGAAAAGCCCUGAAACCUCUGUACUUCUCUUUCUGUUUUCAAGAGGGCUAUUUCAUCUUUGUGUUCUCAAAAUUCCAAUAUUUUUAUUAGUUUAGAACUGCUGUUAUUCAAAGAUAUACUCCAAACUUUACGUAAUGACUAAGUAUUCGAUGAUUCCAGCAAAGUUAUUUGAAACCUGGAAAUUGAAGAUAAUUGUUGGUGGGGAGUUUCAGAGAAGAAUUCUUAUACUUUCAGGUUGCAGAAAUAUAACAUAGAGAAAUAACAAUAAUUUGUUUCAAUGUCAUGACAAAAUUUUAUCUUUGAUUUUGUUGGCAAUGGCCUAUUAUCAAUCUUUCUUCUGAAUGUUCAGUAUCAUUUGGUUCAAACAGUGAAAUAGGGAGGUUUCAUCUCUUUACUUUUAACUCAGUCUAACUGUUUUGAAGAUAUCUAUUACCAAUUCAGAAGUUAGUCUCUGAUUCUGUCUGUGAACAUUUAUAUUCAUUAAUGUUUAAAAAACGUAUGUAGAAUUACUUGGGACUUAGAUAUUUUGUUAGCCAUUGAUUUCAUAAUUUGUUUGCAAAAUUCCAUGCUAAGGGUGCUUAUGUGUUAACUUAUUGUAAGCUUAAAGGAGCUACACUCUUAAUUGCAGCACAGUAUCCGAAAUGUUUCUAAAUCCAUUUUUGCUCUUUCUUCUUAGUAAUUACGUGUUAUUAUAAUUUUUCUUGAUGUCAAUCUAUAAAAAGAAAGUUAAAUGUUUAUAAGUGACCUGACUUAAUUACCAAGUAAUGUUAUUUCAGUAUCUUAAAAUAAUGUUAUGUAUUCCCACAAAAUGAAGUUCUUUAAGAUUGCAUAUUCUCCUUUCCCAUAAAAUACAUUUUCCUGGAAUUAAAUGUUAAUGAGAACUGUAAAUAUUACUGUCGGGGGCAGGGGAGGAAGUUUUUGUGUGAAUGGUCUGGAUCAUUUGAACAAAAAUGUAAACUAUUAUAAAGAAGGAAAAUGAGGGAGGAAAACAAACAAAAAAAACAACAAACCUUUAUACAUUUGUAUGGUUUUAAAGUUCAUGACGUUGCAGUGGCUAGGACACUCAAAUCUCAUUCUCUUGGUGAUGUGAGAUGACAAUUGCAAUACUAAAGUGGGCUGGCAAUAAAACAGGAUGAUACAAUUUCAAUAUAUUUGUGUAAAAAUAUUUUUGAAUAUUGUUGCAUUUGAGUUGUUUUUAGUUGAAUAUUUUUUAGUUUAAUUAUGUUUUGUUUUAUCUUGUAUUUGAGUUAUUUUUAUUAUGUUUGCCAUGUCCCUUUGAAGAUUGUGCUGCAAACGAAUUCACUUGCACAAAUAGGAUGUGCAUCCCAGACCAUCUGCGAUGCAAUUAUCAUCAGGACUGUGAGGACGGUUCUGAUGAAAAAAAUUGUCCUGAUGAAGGCUGUCGUCAAGAUGAGUUCACAUGUGCCAACGGAGAAUGUAUUACCAACCAAUAUCGCUGUGAUGGUUCUUAUGACUGCACUGAUGACUCGGAUGAACUCAACUGUCCAAGUACCAAUCCUCCAGCACCUAGUACCUGUUCACCCUUGGAAUUUGAGUGUGACAGAGGUCGCUGCCUAAGUUCAUCAUUUCGCUGCAAUAGAGUAUUUGAUUGUGCUGAUAUGUCAGAUGAACAAGGUUGUGAAGGUCAAUGCCUUCCUGGACAGUUUCGUUGCAAUGAUAGUUCCUGCAUUCCUGAAUCACGACGCUGUGAUAAUUAUAGAGACUGUUCAGACGAUGAACUCAAUUGUGGACCUCCAACAUGCAGUAGUCAACAAUUCCAGUGUUCAGAUGGAUUUUGCAUAUCAAAUGUGCAGCGGUGUGAUGAUCACAUAGAUUGCCCUGAUGCUUCUGAUGAAGCUGGAUGUGGCUGUCGCCCAGAUGAAUUUGAGUGUAAUGAUGGAUCAUGCGUGCCUCAGUCGUUACGUUGUGAUUCUCAUUACAACUGUUCUGAUGGAUCAGAUGAACAGAAGUGUGAACCCUCAACUCCAGCACCUUCACCAUGCAGAUCAAAUGAGUUCCGAUGUGUCCGCAGUGGCGAAUGUAUUAGUUCAUCUCUUGUGUGUAAUAAACGCUUUGACUGCCAGGAUUAUUCUGAUGAAGAAAAUUGUGAUUCAAGAGAUGGACUGAACCUGAAAACUUACCCAGAUGAACAAAUUAUAAAAGAAGGAAGGGAAGUGGUAUUCCAGUGCAGAGAUGAAGGGCCACGUCGUGCUCGUGUUCAUUGGGUGCGAGGGAAUGGUUUGCCUCUGCCUCCUGGUUCAAGAGAUUUCAAUGGUCGUUUGGAGAUGCCAGAAAUUCAGCUGGAUCAUUCAGGCACAUACAUUUGUGAAGCACUAGGUGUGCCAGCUUCUACACCUGGAAGGCAAGUUUCCGUGCAUCUGACUGUUGAACCAUUCACGUUGCCUCAACCCCGACCUCCUGAAGCAUGUGCAAUUCACGAAGCUACUUGUUCAAAUGGGGAAUGUAUUAGCAAGACCCUUGUGUGUGAUGGCAAUUUCGAUUGUAGUGAUGGUUCUGAUGAAAUGCGAUGCAGUGCAGGUGGUUGUGAACCCAAUGAAUUCCGCUGCUCCAAUAAGAAAUGUGUAUUGAAAACUUGGCGCUGUGAUGGGGAUGAUGAUUGUGGUGAUCGUUCCGAUGAAGAAAACUGUGCCACCAACCCUCCAGGUUCUCCAUGUCGUUAUAAUGAAUUUCAAUGUCGCCGUGGCAAUCAGUGUAUUCCACGAGCUUUCCACUGUGAUCACCAAAAUGAUUGCCAAGAUGGAAGUGAUGAAUAUGGUUGUUCUUCAGUUCACAUUCAGAGUCCACCACCUCCUAUGGUUGUGUUGGAUCAGGGAUCAGUGUUUACAAUCACUUGCAAGGCCCUUGGAGUCCCAACUCCAGAAGUGGUUUGGCGUCUUAACUGGGGCCAUGUUCCAGCUAAAUGCCGAAUGGAAAGCGUGGGAGGGGAAGGAAAGCUCACAUGUCCUGAUAUCCAACCUCAAGAUCAGGGUGCAUACAGUUGUGAAGCCAUCAACACCAGGGGUUCUGAAUUUGCAGUUCCUGAUACUAUAUUGGUGGUUAAAAGACCUAGCUCUGUAUGUCAACGAGGCUACUUCAAUGAUUUGGCUACUACAGAACGUGACUGUAUACCUUGCUUCUGUUUUGGCAUCACCACUGAAUGCAAGAGUGCUGAUCUCUUCACAUACCAGUUGCCACCUCCAAUCACUGAAUAUCGGUUAGUGACAGUAAAUCUGGAUCCUGAUGGCCAAGUGAAUGUGCGACCUUCUACACCUUUCCGUACUUCUCCUGUUCGGUCUGUUUCAAGAACUGGUUUUCAGAUAUAUCAUCAAUCUGGUUAUGAAAGGCUGCCUGACAAUGAGUACUUGUACUUUGCAUUGCCUGAAAACUACUUAGGGCAUCAUUUAAAAUCUUACGGAGGUUUUGUUAAAUAUACAGUUCGUCCUGAAGGCCGUGGACCACUACUAAAUAUUCCUGAUGUUAUCUUAACUGGCAAUGGUUACACGCUUGUUCAUUAUGCGGAUAAUAUUGAACUGGGAAGAGAAAAUAAUGUAUCAGCUCGGUUGUUCUAUGGCCAAUGGAAAAAGCACACAUAUUCAGGUCGCCCAGGAGGAGAUAUUCCAUCUAGCUCUUCAAAUGAAGAUUUAGCCUCAAGAGAAGAAAUUAUGAUGGCUCUCAGUAAUGUGGACAACAUUCUAAUUAGGGGGCAGUAUGUGCAAGGACCUUAUUUAGAUACUAUCUUCUCAAAUAUUGGAAUGGAUUCAGCUGGCAUUACUAACACAGGACAAGGACAAGCAUCAUUUGUAGAAUUCUGUAGUUGCCCAGCAGGUUAUACUGGUCUGUCUUGUGAGCAAUGUGCACCAGGUUUUCACAGACACCAAACAGGUCCAUGGCUUGGACUCUGCACACGAGAAGUUCAACAGUGUCCUUCAGGACAGUUUGGAGAUCCUAGUCGGGGAGUGCCAUGUACAGAUUGUCCAUGUCCCGGCACUUCAGUCAGCAACCAAUAUGGACGCACUUGUCAACUGGGAGGUGAUGGUGAUGUGAUUUGUAACUGCCCACCUGGAUACAGUGGUCGUAGAUGUGAACGUUGUGAUGUAGGUUAUGAGGGUAAUCCUAUAGCAAGCCAGCCAUGCAGACCUGCUGCUGAAUGUGACCCUGCUGGGAGCUUGCAGCCACGUCCUGAUUCAUCUGGAAGAUGCCGCUGCAAGGAAUAUGCAACUGGAGCCAGGUGCAAUCAGUGUACUAACAACACUUUCCAUCUAGAUGCAUCAAAUCCUGAUGGAUGCAUUGCAUGUUUCUGCAUGGGAGUUACUGGCCAGUGUAGAAGUUCUAAUUGGUAUCGGCAACAAAUUUCAUCAACAUUUACCAGGGGUACCAAUGAUUUCCAUUUAGUGGAAUCUCAGAAAAAAGAUGAGCCUAUAAGAGAAGGUAUCCAGUUGAAUCCAGAACAGCGGGAAAUUGUGUUCAGUGAUUUUUCAUGGAGAAGUCCAUCUGUUUUGUAUUGGAAGUUGCCGAGUCAAUUUUUAGGUGACAAAAUUACAGCAUAUGGUGGCAAAUUAAGAUACACUCUGCGAUAUGUACCUGCUCCCGGUGGUCUUAGUUCUCGCAAUAAUGCUCCUGAUGUUGAACUGAUCAGCACAAACGAUAUCCAUCUGAUGCACUUUAGUCGUGAACAGAUUAGUCCUGAACGCCCCCAAACUAUUGAAGUUCCUCUUUUAGAGCAAUACUGGCAACGCCAAGAUGGACAACCUACUAAUCGGGAACAUCUUCUAAUGACACUUGCUGAUCUGGAAGCAAUAUACAUCAAAGCAACAUACACCACAAAUACCCGAGAGGCUGCGUUAUCACAAGUGUCCCUUGACAUUGCAGAAGAGCGAAAUACAGGACAAAAUCGAGCUCUUGAAGUUGAACAAUGUGCAUGUCCUCAAGGUUAUCGGGGCUUAUCAUGCCAUGACUGUGACGUUGGUUACACACGCACGGAUGGUGGACUUUAUCUAGGAACUUGUCAACCUUGCAAUUGCAGUGGCUUUUCAGAAGACUGUGAUCCAGAAACUGGAGUUUGCACUAACUGUCGUGACAAUACUGCAGGACCUCAGUGUGAAAGUUGUGCUGGUGGUUACACAAAACAAGAUGGCCGUUGCAUCUAUGAAUCUAGCUCACAGAGUCUAUGCCGCUGUGAUCCUCGUGGUAUUCGGCAGCCAGGUUGCCCAGAUGGGCGAUCAUGUGUUUGCAAGACUAAUGUGGAAGGUCUUCAAUGUGAUCGAUGCCGUCGUGGUACAUUUGAUCUGUCAGCAAGGCACUCGGAAGGUUGUAUAUCCUGCUGGUGCUCAGGAGUUACUGACCAAUGUCAAUCUUCACGAUUACAACGCACACAGAUUCCAAUGCAAUUACUUAGUGGUACCCAUGGCUUUACAUUGGUUGAUAGUGAGCGAAAUUCUGUUGUGCGCUCUGGUUUUAGUGAGAAUGUUGCUGAAAAUGAGCUUGGUUAUGAUUUCCGAGGUCGAGAUCAACGCCUUUUCUGGUCUCUACCUCCACAAUUUACUGGCAAUAAGCUUGCCUCGUAUGGUGGUAACUUGUCAGUGACUCAGCGUUAUACAGCAAGACCUGGUAGUCAGUGGCAGCAGGAUACAGAUAUUCUAAUUUUUGGCAAUGGUAUCCGCAUCUAUUGGUCAGGAGAAAACACUAUACAACCUGAUCUUCCUGUUACUCAUGUAGUUCCUCUUGUAGAGCGUGAGUGGCGACGAUUGGUUUCAGCUGGACCUCGCCAAGCAUCACGUGCCGAUUUGUUGACAGUGUUAUCAGAUGUUGAGGCCAUUCUGAUUCGUGCAAAGCCAGCUACUCAGACCCUACAAACAUUUGUCAGUGAUGUUUCUUUAGAUACUGCUGUGGAACAAACUACUAACCAAGGAAGAGUCACUAAUAUUGAAAUUUGUCGUUGUCCUCCUGGAUAUAGAGGGACAUCAUGUGAGUCCUGCUCUGUGCGCUACUAUCGAAGAGUGGAGCCAGAUGGCAGGUUCUCUUGUGAGAAAUGUCCUUGCAAUGAUAAUGAAGAAAGUUGUUCUGCUGCUCCAAAUGGUGAAGUCAUAUGCCGGUGUGUUCCAGGAUUUACGGGUCGUUACUGUGAUAAUCCAGAUGGAGGUGUCGCACCUUCACCAACGGAAUAUCCUCCACCUCCCCCAACUAUUACUGUCAGUAUCCUAGGACCUGCAAUUCAGAUUGUAGAUGCUGGUGGUACUGUUCGUUUCAGAUGCUCAGGAGAAUCUGUCCGGCGGGUUCCUGUGAAAGUGAGUUGGAGUAAAGAGAGUGGAGAACUUCCUCGGGGUCGUGCUAUAGAUGAUGGAAGAGGAUUAUUGAUUAUUACCCGUGUUGAACCACCUGACUCUGGAGUGUACAUUUGCUCAGUAGAUGAUGGGUAUGAAGUGGCCACGCAGCGCGCCACUCUCAAUGUUGGUAGGCCAAUACCAGAACCAAUACGACUUGAUGUUUCACCACCUGUUUCCACUGUAUCGGAUGGAGAAACUGCUGAAUUUGUGUGCCGAUCAUCUGGUUAUCCUGAACCCACUCUUGUUUGGUCUCGUGCUGAUGGCCGCCCACUUGGUCCACGAGCCUACUUUUCUGCAGGAGUUCUGCGUAUUCGUGCGGCAACGCCUAAUGAUGCUGGAGAAUUCCUUUGCCACGCAUGGAGUCCUGGAGGGAACACUUCUCGUCGUGCAGUACUUUAUGUUAGAGAGAGACUGGGACGUCCUGAUCAAGUACCAGUGGUGGAACCAUCAGAAUAUUCUGGUCCAGCCGAUCAAACAGUUCGGUUACAAUGCCGUGGUCCAUCUCCUGACGCUACCCUCAUCUGGACUCGGGCUGGAGGUGCACCACUGCCACCUGGUGCCCGAUCACAGGAUGGAGCACUACUACUGUACUCUCCACGUCCUGCCCACUCAGGCGUUUAUGUAUGUCAAUCUACCCGCCCUGGCUAUCCUCCAACAACAGCUGAAGCUCGUGUCAGCAUAACUGCAGGCCCGGCUCCACCGCCAACAUCUAUACGUGUAGAACCAGAACGACAGACAGUGCCCCAAGGAACAACAGCAGAAUUGCGUUGUGUUGCUGUUGGUGCCCCACAAUCUGCUAUAUCAUGGACACGUGCUCGAGAGUCGCUUCCUCCUGGAGCUGCCCCUGCAGGACCAAUAUUGCGAAUUCCCAAUGUAGCUGUGCACGACCGUGGAGUUUAUGUUUGUUCUGUUUCAAUGCCGGGCCGCUCUCCUGCUCAAGCAUCUUCUGUUCUUGAAGUGGAACCUCGAGAGCGACCAUCAAUAGAUCUGUAUCCUGGACCUCAGCAAACAAUUGUAGCUGGUGGAAGCGUUCUAAUGCAAUGCAGAGUGACAGGUGGUAUUCCUACACCCACUGUUCGUUGGACUCGAUCUGAUGGGCGGCCUCUAUCUCCGUCAAUUACCAGAUUGGAUGGAGGAGUUCUUAGAUUUGAAGGAGUUACACUGGCUGACGAGGGGCAGUAUUUGUGUACCGCAGAAAAUCCCGCUGGUGUUGCUACUGUUACUGCUGAACUUGAUGUGCAGGAAAUGCCCCGCAUUUCUCUGACUCCUCCAUCACCUGUGUCAGCAGUGGAAGGACAGAGAGUUCAUCUGGAAUGUAGGGCUUCUGGUGAUCCUACUCCUAUGCUUACUUGGUCACGUCACAAGCCAGGAGAAAGUUUCUAUGAACCUCAAGCAGUUACUGCAGAACAACCACAUGCUGCAGUAUAUGAAAUUAUUAGGGUAACUAAAUUAGAUGAAGGGUCAUACAGCUGUCGAGCAACUAAUGCAGCUGGUAGUGUUGAAGAGAGAUUACUGUUGACAGUAGAAGAAGCAAAUGUAAUUCCAGGAGAUCCCUAUCGACCUGAACGUCCUCCCAGCCGACCUUGGAAUUAUCCAGGAGGAUCAGGAAGACCGGGAAGACCAGGAAGUGACAGCCAGGGUGCUGGUGAGCCUGGAAAUGGAGUUUCAAUUUCAAGAGAAGUGUUCACUGUGCUUGAGAAUGGCAAUGCAGAAAUGCGCUGCCUUGUGAAAUCUCCAGCACCUGGAGCUAACAUUUUCUUGACAUGGGCUCGCCGUGAUGGUCAGCCGUUGUCUUCUCAUUCUUAUCAACGAGAUGGAUUGUUGGUCAUCCAGAGAGUACAAAAGUCUGAUGAGGGUGAAUAUUCUUGCUUGGGAUAUGAGGGAGACUCCGUGUUAUUCCAGGCCACUGCAAGACUAGAAGUAAUUGCUUUGCCUGCCAUUCAUCUGGAACCAACUCGGCAAGUGGUUCAACCUGGAGACAAUGCAAAUAUUACGUGUUCUGCAACAGGUGAUCAACCAAUACGUUUGGAAUGGAUCACUCCCGAUCGUGAAUUUCCUAGUUCUGUAUAUGUUAGAGAUGGUCUUCUGCAGUUCCGUGGCAUUAGAGUUACGGAUGCUGGUCGUUAUGUGUGUCGUGCAACAAAUCGUGAGGGUAGCGCGGAGUCUGCUGCAGAAGUGAUUGUGGAUUCGCAAACACAACAACCAUUUUCAAGUGCUCGAGACCAAUCAGUGGUGGCAGGACAAAGCAUACAGUUGCAGUGUAAUGUUCCUUCUGGAGUGAGUGCCUUCUCUUAUGAAUGGUCCCGGCCACGAAACCUUCCCUUGCCUUCACGGGCAGAAGAACGAGGGGGUAUAUUGGUUCUGCGUAAUGUCCAACCAGAAGAUCGAGGACGUUAUAUUUGUAUAAUUAAUACACCAGGAGGUCGCUUCACAAACUAUAUCAACCUGACUGUUACCCAGAACGUAUGGGGAGGGUGCCAUGAGCAAGGUGCUAUCCAGUGUCGUCGCAGCCUGGAGUGUGUGCCAGCGAGAUCAGUGUGCGACGGACGACCUGAUUGUCGUGAUGGCAGCGAUGAGGAGGAGUGUACAACACGCCGAGGACGUGGACUUCAGAAUUUGGUUCUUCGCAUUGACCCCAGUCAUGAAAUAAUUCGACCUGGUGACCAUUUGGAUUUACGUUGUGUUGCGCGAGGAGAUGCUGCUGAUGUCACUUAUCAAUGGAGUCGUGUUGGCGGAAGACUUGCUGAUAAUGUACUUGCAUUUGAUGACCUUCUCAGAAUACAGGAUGUGAAAUCUGAAAAUGGAGGAGUGUAUCGUUGUACAGUAACAGCUGACAGUGGCCAGUAUUAUGAAGAAUAUGUCCUAACACUUCAAGGAUUAUCAGAAGAUGCAGAAAAUGCUCCAGCAGUAGAAACUCGCUCUGCUCCGUAUGGCUCCACUGUAACCAUGGAUUGCAAAAUUGACUUGGAACCUCCUGUCACUUAUGGUUGGUCAAAACAAAAUGGUGACUUGCCACCAGGUGUAAAUACAAGAGGGGCUAUUCUUCAUUUGAGGGAUGUGAGUGCUCGUGAUGCUGGCACUUAUGUGUGUUCUGCGCGCAAUGAUCUGAGGCAACUAGAUAUCCCUACUGUCUUGGUAGUGACAGGAAUCAUACCUCACUUUACCCAGACACCUAAUUCAUAUAUGUCACUCCCAACUCUUGCCAAUGCUUAUACCACGUUCAGCAUCACAGUGUCUUUUAAGCCUGAACAGCCAAAUGGCUUAAUUCUGUACAAUGGACAACACUUGAAUGGAAGUGGAGACUUUAUAUCUCUUGGCUUGAAUGACAGUUAUGUAGAAUUCCGCUUCAAUGUGGGUUCAGGUCCAGCAAUAAUUCGAUCUCAUGAACCAGUAAUGUUAGGUAAAUGGCAUACAGCAAGACUUGAUCGCAAUCGUAAACUUGGCACCUUAGAAGUUGAUGAGCAGCGCAUUGUUACUGGCAAGACUCAAGGUGCCUUUGUAGGUUUGGACCUGGAACAACCUCUGUACAUUGGUAGUGUUCCUGACUUCAACCAAAUCAACAAAUUAGCAGGCUUUCAACAAGGUUUUGUUGGUUGCAUUAGUCAGUUGGUCAUUGGAGAGAAACCUAUUGAGUUGAUACGACAAGCUACUUCCAGCCACAACAUGAAUGUCUGUGAUACCUGUAGUGGACGCCCAUGCCAUAACAAUGGUGUGUGUCAGGAAGCUGCCGAGCCCCAAGGCUACACUUGCAUCUGCCCACCUGGAUUUGGUGGUCGUGACUGUGACCGUGUUGGGGAUGCUUGUUAUCCAGGUGUCUGUAAUACCGGCCGUUGUGUGAAUUUGGAUGAGAGUUUCCUGUGCUAUUGCCCUAUGAAUAAGACUGGUGAGAGAUGUGAUGAAGAAAUUUCAAUUUCCCAACUUCGCAUGGGAGACAAUUCAUAUAUUGCAUACCCUACUCCCACAAGGGCUAUGAAUCAGCUCUCAUUUGAGAUGAAAGUGAAACCAGAAUCUUUGGAGGAUGGUCUUCUGGCUUAUUGCAGUCAGGAUGAAGCUGGCCGUGGUGACUUUAUUUCCUUAGCUGUGCGCGACAAGCAUAUUGAAUUCAGAUUUGAUACUGGCUCUGGUCCUGCUGUGAUGCGAAGUUCCCGGGAGUUAGUGCCUGGCCAAUGGAUAACUAUCAUGGCAAGACGACACAUGCGACUAGGCCACCUGUCAGUGGAAGGGGAGCCUCAAGUAAAAGCCUUGUCUCCUGGAACCACUGGAGGGCUAAAUCUUCGCUCCUUGCUCUUUAUUGGUGGUGUGGAUCCACAGCGAGUGCGUGUUGCUCCUGGUGUCAACGUAUCUACUGGAUUCCAUGGAUGUAUCUCAGAGGUUAAAGUGGGAGGAGUACAACUUGAUUUACUUGGAGGUGCAGUAGAUGCUGGUAAUGUUAAAGACUGUUCUGCAGACACUCCGACUGCAGCUUUUUCUCAAGAUCGUCAAUGUAGAUACCAACCAUGUCAUAAUGGAGGAACAUGUAUUGCUGGUUCUGGAACUACUUACUCCUGUAUUUGUCCAAAAGGUUUCAGUGGGAAGACGUGUGAAUUGAAAGCUGACAUGUGCCAAGUCCUUCAGCCAUGCCGCAAUGGAGGAACUUGUGAAGGAUCAGAUAGCACCUACCAUUGUCGUUGCCCCAUUGGUUUUGCUGGCAAUGACUGUGAACACAAUGUUCCAUUCACAACUGAAGCAGGAUUUCGAGGAGAUGGCUACUUAGAACUAAAAAAUUCUUUACUACCUCAUAAGAAUCCUGAUGAUCAAGAAACAGUUGUUAUUGAAUUUUCAACACAUGAACCCAAUGGUCUUAUCUUUUGGCAUGGCCAAUUGCCAGAAACUGAUGGAAGAGGUCAAGAUUACCUUGUUCUGGCAGUGGUAAAUGGUACUCUACAGUUCGGCUAUGAAUUAGGAUCCGGUCCUGCUCUGAUCACAGCACCACAGAGAUAUGUUGCUGAUGGUCAACGCCAUCGUGUGGUGCUUAAACGGCAGGCUACUGAUGGAAAUCUUGAAUUAGACGGUGAAAUAAGUGAAUUUGGCAAGAGUGGUGGAAUUCUUCAAAUGCUUAACACUCGAGGCAAUAUUUAUAUUGGUGGAACACCAAAAAUGGAACGAAUGACUGCUGGAAACUACACAUAUGGCUUUAAAGGCUGCAUACACUCAAUAGAGAUUCAAGACUCGGGCAUUCUCAAUUUAAGAGAAGAAGCAUUGGAUGGUGUCAAUGUAGCUCCUUGUUCUCGUCACGUUUCAGAAGCUGACAAUGAAAUUACACCACGGAUUCACUAAUUGGAUGUUUUUUCAAUGAGAAGCAUCAAGAACGUGUGCAUGAAUUCUAAACACAAAGUUGUAUUAUCAGCCUGGAAAGACAUUUGGUGUGUAUGUGGCAGUUACAAUUGCAAGAAGAUGAAAACUACUCACUUCUUCAGAAUGUUGGGAAUGUGUGCUUCUUUGUUAACCAGGUAUCCUAGUAAAGAGGCUUCCAGACCUCAUUUGCCAUAGCUUUACAUGGUAACUUUGCAUUCUUCCUUAUUUUCAAGGAGAUACUGAGAUCCAUAAUAGUCAUUUAAAUAAGCUGGCAAUAUUAAUUCAUGAGUUGGAAGCAUCUCACUCAAAGGGUCCCAAUAUAAAAUUAAUUAGGCAUUUAUUUGUUUAUUUUUUUAAUGUUUGCAGUAAAUCUAUUGCUAUUUAUAAGUGUAUUAAUCUUAAGUAAUAAGUUAUACUCCUUUGAUUUUUUCCCCUGUAUGGUUUGUAAUAUAUAUUUUGCGGAUGAGAUUUGUACAUAGAAUACUUUAAGAUGAGUCUUGUUGUGGGUUGUUCUUUUGAGACUCUAAUGUGUAAAUUCCAUCUUUUUGAAAUGUGACAUGUGUCACUGCUACAGCACUGCCCAAUUAUAUCUGUAAGAGACAUUAUUGCAGGCAUGUGUCAGUUCAUGCUGCCAUCUGUUCUGUUCCUGGCAAAUACUGUACUUCAGAGAGAAAUUUUGUGUUUCAUGACAUAAGGAAUCAUAAUUCUGGUUAGAGCAUUAAAUAUAAUAUGUAUAUGUUCCUACUGCACAAACACAUCAGGUUAUAAAAUUUCAGAGUAUUAGUGAUAGAGGAUACAUCACUGGUUAAAUAAAUUAUUUCUUUUCAAUUUUUUUGUCUUGUGUUGUGAUUAAAACUCAAAAUUACUCUCAUGUGCAAGUUUGUUGUUUAAUGAUCGAGUGAGUAAGUAAAUUCACUAUGAUUGAGAUAGCUUACUUUAUAAUUAAUUCAACUAGAUCUGCAAAGUAAAUUUUUGUUAGUAUUAUUCUUCUCUUUUUUUCGUUUCCACAAGAGUGAUUCAAGUAAUAAUAACACAUUUUUAACAAAGAAUUGGCAGAGGAAGAGUAUUAUUUUUCAGAUUUUCCUUUUAUAUAUAAAGAGAUUUUGUUUUAAGAGUUGCACUUCCUUUGCUGUCAACUUCUGGUGCCUUUAAUUAAUUAAAUUUAUCAGAACACUCUUGUGAAACAAAAUACUGCUUUCUAGCAUGACAUGCGUACUGAAAAUAGAUGCACGUGUGUUGAGUUUUAUACUGCCAUUGUAUUUCUGUAUACACCCCUUGGUCAAGAGCAUGUGAUAAUUGGAAUGCUGGUGAAUAUAAUUGUGUGCCAUUUCCAUUUUUUAUCAUGUAGUUGUUGUUUUUUGUGGUCAUGUUUUAUGUUAUUGUUUUUCCAAUUCACAAAUCAAGAGACAACAUCAGAGAAUUUUUUUUCUCAACACUGUGUCUGCACUGUGGAUUAUCAGGGAUAAAUUAUAAAAGUCUACCCUGCAAGUGAUCGUGAUAUAAUGUGUACUGAAUAGUUUUCCCUUGAAAUUUUUUCUCCUUACUUCAGCAAACUCUAUUAUAUGCAUUGGAAAGUGGAAAUUGAAAAGAUCUAUGUUAUUAAAAAAUGGAGAUGGAAGCAAAGCAAAAAACAUUUACCGUUUUGUAAACAGUAAUUCGUAAUUAACAUUCAAUAUAGUGAUGUUAUCUGUGUUUUAAUUUUGGAAAGCUAUUUUAUGUAAAAUGAUUUCCAUUGAAUAAUGCAAAAUAACUCUUUUGACAAUAAAUACUAAAGUGGUGUUUUGACAAAAUCUGCUGUCAUUUAUCAACCCUUUGAAGGAUUUUCCAACUUCUAUUAUCUUAUUAGUUUUUUAUAUUCUUUGGACAUAAUUUCACUCUUAAUAAAGUGCUCUGAGGAAAUUUGCUGAUUCAUCUAUCUGCAUCUUCAUAGAGUAUUGGAACAAACACCUCAGAGAUGCUAAAGAAUUAAACUUUAGUUUCAGAGAUGACUGAUUUAAAUAGUCCUUGUUUUUGUACAAUGGGUUCAUGGGCUGGAAUACUGACACAAUUUGAAAAACAUUAAUGUUGAACUUUGACCUUUAUUUUAUAAUAUUUAUUAUUAACAUAACUUCUAUGCACUCUUCAUUGGGGCUAACUUCUUAUCCAUCAGCUAGCAGGAGUGGAUUGAGAUAGCAUUGGGGUAAUUUCAGUUUAAACUCUUAUCUGAAUAUUUUGAAAUAUUUUUUUAAUUGUUUGCUUAGACUAAAAAUAAUGCUGUCUUCAUCAUGAAUACUUAUUGGAUAUGAUGUGACCAAUAUAUGGUAUUGUUUGGAAUAAAUUUUGAAUUUACAAGGAAAUGUAAAUUAGUAAGCUACAUUUCACAGCUAGCAAAAACUUUGAGUGCAGUUGUGUGAAAAUGAAACUUCUGGAAUUGUCCCAAUAUUGCAGCUCUUGGACAAUGUGAAUGCAAGGCAUUACAGGAAGAUGAAUUUGAUAGAGCAUUCUGGCAUUAGUUCAAAACUAAUUUAAUUUUCUGCUGCUGAGAAAUACUUUUAAUAUCAUUUAAGUCUACACUGUUUCAGAAAAAGCAAUACUGGUAAAUUGUGUUAUUACAAUGAAAUAUUUUGUAGCCGUGAACAUUAUGUUAAUUGUUUCUUCAUGCACUUCUUUAAAUACAUGGAUACAUUAUAUUUUGGAUAUAAAAAUUUUAAUUGCAAUUGAAGGUUAGGAAUGGAUAUACAUUUAGAAGAAUACAUGAUAUUUAAAUGCAAAACCUAACAACAGGGGUUUGUGUCAGAGUCAGGCCAAUAUCUUCAAUCUUACAAAUUUCAUACUGCUUACAUUUUACUAAUUUAUUUAUUAGUGAAAUAGGAGGUAAACAGAGCAUAUACCAACGGUGGUGUCAACAUACUGCAAAACAUCUUGCUAAAAAUGAAGGCAACUUACAACUAAUUUUUUUAUUAUGAUCGAGUAAUAAUUGUAACUGUGCUUUUUAAUUAAAACUAUAUGUCUAGCACUGCAAAAGAGAUUAUGUUCCAUGCAAUGACAUUUCACUCAAAAUCUGUCACACCAUUCAGGAGAGAGAGGAAAUAAAAAACACUCUUAUAUUCCAGAAACAUUACCCUCUUUUUUCAUUUGCGCUUUUGGAUAUUGCCAAAUGAAAUGUUCAAUGGUGCACAGGGAGGAAGGGGGGCAUUCAUUUCAUUUAAUAACUCAAUUGAAUACGUUGCAAGGAAACAGCAAAUACUAGUCAAAUUUAAAUUCAGCAUAAAUGAAAAAGUCUUUGUUAAAAAGCAUUAAGUUGUCUGGAAUAUUAUAUCUACAGCCCUACUCUCUAGAAAAAUGGUUAUUGCACUAUUGGAAAUUUGGAAAAAGAGUUAGACUCAAAGUCAAUGUAAGAAAAUGUUUGAAACUGAAACAUACACGUAUUGAAUUGCGAAUAUUGCUUCCUCAUUUGCCUCUUGUAUAAAAUUAAACUAAAAAAUUUUAGAGGGGAAAAUGUCCCUCCUUUUGCUCCCUGUUGUUCUGCACCUGUUAUACUGACUCUCAACAAAUGUAGUGAUCUUCAAUGAGGGACAGAUCCAGCCAAUCUUUUUGGAGGGGGCCAUCAUAGAUUUUUGUUAAAUAAUAAACAUAUUUGUUAUUACGUUGUAUAUUAUUUAUGUACU